AUGGGGGACACCCCAGAGGCUGUCAGGAAGGAGGAGAAGAAGAUGAAAGCUGCUCGCCUCAAGUUCAACUUCCAAGCUGAGUCGCCCAAGGAGCUGACUCUGCAGAAAGGAGACAUCGUCUACAUCCACAAGGAGGUGGACAGGAACUGGCUGGAGGGUGAGCACCACGGCCGCGUGGGCAUCUUCCCCUCCAACUACGUGGAGAUCCUGCCUCCCAACGAGGUGCCCAAGCCCAUCAAGUCACCAACCAUCCAGGUGCUGGAGUAUGGUGAGGCGCUGGCGCUCUACAACUUCCGAGGGGAGCUGCACGUCGAGCUCUCCUUCCGCAAG